UCGUGCAUGGUGUGUCUACACUGAAAGAUAAGGGAGUGCAGCUACAGCAGACAUGGAAAGAGAGAGAAAAUGUUGUUUACAGAGUCUGGAAGCAGCACAGUGACGGUUGGAAAGGGAGCGGAAAGUAAAUGUUGAGAGUUUCAGCCCUGUAUCACCACUGGAAACAACUUCAGUCAGGCAGCAUCGAAGUGAAUCCACAAGUGCUUCUUCGAUGGUAUUGCAACAUGGAUCUUCAGACAGACCGUCCUUUAUUAGGCCUUAGAGGGGCCUGCACGCUGAACUAGGCCUUUUUGGAACUGUAACUAGUCUCUGUACCCUGGAAAAGGCCUGCUGUGAUGACACCAUAGAACUCCCACGCGAGUUCAUUAUGGCCGCUGCAGUUCAGCAGACCGAGAGCGCCUGGGAGGGUGCAAGCAAGCAAGAGCAAGAUGACGACAGUUUGCAGCUGGCAGAUCCAUCAACUUUCCCAGCAGUAAUUGUGGAGCAAAUGCCACACACCCACCUCCUCAACUACUCGGGGCUGACUUGUGAGCAGCCAUUGACAGGUGGUCACCUAGAAACAGGGCUGGAGCAAGAGACUGUGGAGGACCUACAGCAACUGACAGUGGAAGCAUAUCAGAGUGGUAAUGAGGAUACUGUGGAGACGGCAGAAGCUGCUGAAGCCUUGCUGAAUAUAGACUCAUCUGGUGCGCUGUCCCUGGACGAGAAACAUUUCUCAUACGCAUUUUUGACCUCACCUCAGGGAGAGGGUCCCCAGAUUCUGACGGAUAGUUUUGUUGGACAGCAACAGUGGUUCCAGCUUCAGAAAGGCAUCAUGGAGGAAAACAAGCCAAAGGCUAAGAAAGCUAGAAAACCAAAACGACCAAGGCCGCAUUCACCAAUGCCUGACAUUACUGUUAAGAAAAGCAAGGACAGCAAAGGAAAUACAUUGUACCUUUGGGAGUUCUUGAUUGCUUUACUGCAAGACAGGAAUGCCUGCCCCAGGUAUAUCAAGUGGACCAAUCGGGAAAAGGGCAUAUUCAAGCUUGUGGAUUCCAAGGCUGUGUCUCAGUUAUGGGGCAAACACAAAAACAAACCUGACAUGAACUAUGAAACAAUGGGAAGAGCACUCCGAUACUACUAUCAGCGUGGUAUCCUGAAUAAAGUUGAGGGACAGAGACUGGUGUAUCAGUUUGCAGAGAUGCCAAAAAACAUUGUCUACAUAGGAGAUGACGAUGAUGGCAGUGGUGCCAGAGAUAAUGCUGUUCAAAACGAGGAUGAUGAACAUCCCUCCAGUGACCAGAGCUUUAACUGCUCCCCUCCCCCCCAACCAAAACUGUUCCCAAACAAAGCGCCCAGCGCUCAGACCACGAAAGGCCGUACAAUGGUCAACGGUAGCCAGCGUGGAGCGGUCCAGCAUGGCGUUGACUCAACAGGCACCACCAGGGCCGCUCGUCCGUUAGGUCUUAUUCAGCAACAACAUCUGCCCAUUGUUUCUGCUGAGAUGCUGAGGACUCUCCAGAACGUUCAGUCCAUCCAGCCAGGUCAACAUGGUUCAGUCUUUCGCACUGCUCAGCUAUUGGAGAGCCUCCGUGAGAAGCAAGCGACCAUGGAAGUACAACAGGAACAGCUGGAGGUUCAGGCCAAUGAGGGGCAGGCAGACAGCCAGGCUACUCAAAUUGUUACGCUGCAGCUGGUUCCAGUAACACCCACUGAACAAGGAAUGGAUGGGUCCGUGAUGACCUCUCCUCAGUUCAUUAUGCAAGCCAUUCCAGACUCAGAGGAGGUAACCUUUGUUUUGCAGGAUGUUGCCUUGGAUGAGUCUUCGUCAAAUCCAAGCCAAGAGGAACCCACCCACUGUGAGGUGGUAACAACCUCUAAUUCAGGGUCAGGUGGUACCAGUACCUCAGUAGUGACGUUUGUUGGAGGAGGGCAGCACCUGGUGACUCAGCCUCCUGGUACUGUUAUCCAUUCUGUUGUCACAGCAACAGAACCAAAACACAUCUCAGGUCAAGUCGGCCUAGACCCAGAACCCAAAGAACUGUCUGAGACCACAGAGCUAAGUGAAGCUAACCACUCCCAAGAUGAGCAUCACAUUGCAGAUAUGGGCAUGGGGAGCCCCUCUGAUAUGAAGAUGGAGCCCCUAAGUGUUGUCAUCAUUAAUGACUCUUGGGUGGGUUACACUUCCAACAGUGAGACUGUGGAGUCUUCAGGCUAAGCUCAGGCUAGAUUUUGGAGUGAAUCAUCUGUCCAACACCAUAAAGCCUUACUCAUCACAUUCCUUUGGGACUUGUACAUGCACUGGAAUUUAGUCACUCCUCUUUUUUUUUUUUCCCCCAUUGUUUCUUGCACCAUGUUUGACUUGCUAUGCUAUGAAAUCUUUUAGUUUGACUUGAUUAUGCAACUUUUUCUAAUCUUGAAUCCUUUUUCUUCACUUAAGUGCCCUAAAUAAUGUACUGCAAUGUUAUGCCUCAGGGUUGUACUGAUGAUGUGUCAGUUAUGUAGCCAUGAAAUAAAAAGCCAAUCUCUUUUGACA